AUGGGCGAACAUCCAGAAGAUACUGCAAGGGAUUACCUACUAUUGGGAUCAAGAGUAGUCCUAAACAUGCUGGACUGCAUUAAAAAACCCGAGACUCAUUGUGUGUACUUUGACAAUUUCUUCACUAGCAGAGAUCUUCUGAUUCAUCUGAGAAAUCUGGGUUUUCGAGCAACUGGGACUGUCAGAGAGAAUCGAGUUGGUGACUGUCCACUAUUGAGCAGCAACGCACUGAAAAAGAUAGUUCUAGGAAAUUAUGACUACCAGUUCGACAAGAAAGGUGAAGUCCUAUUUGUUCGAUGGCACGACAACAGAUGCGUUACAAUUGGCUCAAAUUUUGACAAAGUUGAAUCUUUGAGAGCAACUAUACGGUACAGUAGACAAGCAAGUAAGAAGACACAAGUGCAACAACCUGCCAUUUUGAAGUUGUAUAACGCGUACAUGAGAGGUGUUGACCACCAUGACUGGUUAGUUGGAAAAUAUACGACGAUAAUUAGAGGGAAAAGAUGGUACUGGGUCCUAUUUACACGUAUGCUGGAUAUGGCCCUUAAGUACUGUUACAGUUCCAUACUUGAAAUUGGACAUUGGAAGACCGAAUAUUAUACGUCCAAUGGAAUACCCAUCAAGUCAGUUGAGAAUGAUACAGACAUCAGGUUUGAUGGAAUUUGUCAUAUGACUGAUGAAAGAAGACGUGUAAGAGCUAAAUGGAAUGGGAAACCAAAAACAUAUUGUGUUAAAUGCCGUGUAACACUUUUAAUAAAUAGUAUAGACUUGAAUACAGUUUAG